CGUGUGCCUAGUAUGCGGGCCGCCCCUAGCACCGGGUUGUAUGGUUGCGAGAACAAAUGUCGCAUAUAUAACAGCGUCAGAUGCCCUCUUAUCAACAUCCUUCCCUGUCGUCCUUUCUUGCAUUGUGAUAGAUUCCAGUCAAGUGCAGCAAAUGCCCAUACGCUUCAAGUUAUACACCAUUCUUGUGGCAAACAGUAUCCUGAUAUACGACCAUAUGGCAACUAUCACAGAUGAAAUUACUUUUAUCUGGUGUCGUCCAAAAGCACUAUCUGCAAUAUUGUUCCUCAUCAAUCGCUAUGUCGCUCUACUCGGCAACGUCUUUAUGUUGUCCAUGUAUCUUCUACCCAUUUCACAUGAGGUUCUAUGGUUUCGUUAUGCGCGUACCCAGUUGGCAGGCUCACAUCUUAUUUCGGCAGAGGUUUCAACUCUUGUUCUUCAAUGUGUUAUUUUUCUCAACAAAGACCUAGCUGUCGGACAUAUUUUACAUCGAAAGAUCUACUCUUUUUUUUCCAACAAAUAUUCGUUUGUUUUAUAUUGACUCUUCGCACUUAUGCUCUCUACUGCCGUAACAAACGCCUCCUCACUUCGAUGAUAAUCAUCGUUUGUGCUCUUGGGGGAGUGAC